GUUGUGACUGAAACCCGUCAAUAUGGCGGCGAUCGGCCGCGGCCGCUCUCUGAAGAACCUCCGAAUACGAGGGCGGAAUGACAGCGGCGAGGAGAACGUCCCGCUCGAUCUGACCCGAGAACCUUCUGAUAACUUGAGGGAGAUUCUCCAAAAUGUGGCCAAAUUGCAAGGAGUAUCAAAUAUGAGAAAGCUGGGCCAUCUGAAUAACUUCACCAAGCUUCUUUGUGAUAUUGGCCACAGUGAAGAAAAACUGGGUUUUAAUUAUGAAGACAUCAUAAUUUGUUUGCGCUUAGCUUUAUUAAACGAGGCUAAAGAAGUAAGAGCAGCCGGGUUGCGAGCGCUGCGCUAUCUCAUCCAAGAUUCCAGUAUCCUGCAGAAGGUGCUAAAACUGAAGGUGGACUAUUUAAUAGCUAGGUGCAUUGACAUUCAGCAGAGCAACGAGGUGGAGAGGACACAAGCUCUUCGCUUAGUCAGAAAGAUGAUUACUGUGAAUGCUUCCUUGUUUCCUAGUUCUGUGGCCAACUCAUUAAUUGCGGUUGGAAAUGAUGGGCUUCAGGAACGAGACAGAAUGGUCCGGGCUUGUAUUGCCAUCAUCUGUGAACUAGCACUUCAGAACCCAGAGGUGGUAGCCCUUCGAGGAGGACUAAACACCAUACUGAAAAAUGUGAUUGAUUGCCAGUUAAGUCGAAUAAAUGAGGCUCUCAUUACUACAAUUUUGCACCUUCUUAAUCAUCCAAAGACCCGGCAGUAUGUGCGAGCUGAUGUAGAAUUAGAGCGAAUUUUAGCACCCUAUACUGAUUUCCACUACAGACACAGUCCAGAUACAGCUGAAGGACAGCUCAAAGAAGACAGAGAAGCACGAUUUCUAGCCAGUAAAAUGGGAAUCAUUGCGACAUUCCGCUCAUGGGCAGGUAUUAUUAAUUUAUGUAAACCUGGAAAUUCUGGGAUACAGUCUCUAAUUGGAGUACUUUGCAUACCGAAUAUGGAAAUAAGGCGAGGUCUGCUCGAAGUGCUCUAUGAUAUUUUUCGUCUCCCUCUGCCUGUUGUGACAGACGAGUUCAUAGAAGCCCUGCUCAGUGUAGAUCCAGGAAGAUUCCAGGACAGUUGGAGGCUUUCAGAUGGCUUUGUGGCAGCUGAGGCAAAAACUAUUCUUCCCCAUCGUGCUAGAUCCAGGCCAGACCUCAUGGACAAUUACUUGGCUCUGAUACUCUCUGCAUUUAUUCGUAAUGGACUUUUGGAGGGCUUGGUCGAAGUGAUAACCAACAGUGACGACCACAUCUCAGUGAGGGCCACCAUCCUUUUAGGAGAGCUCCUGCAUAUGGCAAACACCAUCCUGCCUCACUCACAUAGCCACCAUCUGCACUGCUUGCCAACCCUCAUGAACAUGGCUGCAUCCUUCGAUAUUCCCAAGGAAAAGAGGCUGCGAGCCAGUGCAGCCCUGAACUGUUUAAACCGCUUCCAUGAGAUGAAGAAGCGAGGACCUAAGCCCUACAGCCUUCAUUUAGAUCACAUCAUUCAGAAAGCAAUCGCAACUCACCACAAGCGGGAUCAGUAUCUUCGAGUUCAGAAAGAUAUAUUUGUUCUUAAGGAUACAGAGGAAGCUCUUUUAAUAAACCUUAGAGACAGCCAAGUCCUUCAACAUAAAGAGAAUCUUGAAUGGAACUGGAAUCUGAUUGGGACCAUUCUUAAGUGGCCAAAUGUAAAUCUAAGAAACUAUAAAGAUGAGCAAUUACACAGGUUUGUGCGCAGACUUCUUUACUUUUACAAGCCCAGCAGCAAACUGUAUGCUAGUCUGGAUCUGGACUUGGCCAAGUCCAAGCAGCUCACGGUUGUUGGCUGUCAGUUUACAGAAUUUCUUCUUGAGUCUGAAGAGGACGGGCAAGGAUACUUAGAAGAUCUCGUGAAAGAUAUUGUUCAGUGGCUCAAUGCUUCAUCUGGAGUGAAACCUGAGAGAAGCCUUCAGAAUAAUAGCUUACUGACCACCCUUAGUCAACACUACUUCUUAUUUAUUGGAACACUCUCUUGUCAUCCUCAUGGAGUCAAAAUGCUGGAAAAGUGCAGUGUCUUUCAGUGUCUCCUUAAUCUUUGUUCCUUGAAAAACCAAGAUCACCUGCUAAAACUCACUGUUUCCAGCCUAGACUAUAGCAGAGAUGGAUUAGCCAGAGUCAUUCUUUCAAAAAUCCUCACGGCAGCUACGGAUGCUUGCAGACUAUAUGCAACAAAACAUUUAAGGGUUUUAUUGAGAGCUAACGUUGAAUUCUUCAACAACUGGGGAAUUGAGUUACUAGUAACUCAGCUACAUGAUAAAAACAAAACAAUUUCUUCUGAAGCGCUGGAUAUUCUUGAUGAAGCUUGUGAAGACAAGGCCAAUCUUCAUGCUCUGAUUCAGAUGAAACCAGCCUUAUCCCACCUCGGAGACAAGGGCUUGCUUCUGCUCCUGAGAUUUCUUUCCAUUCCGAAAGGAUUUUCUUACCUGAAUGAAAGGGGUUAUGUUGCAAAGCAGUUGGAAAAAUGGCACAAGGAAUAUAAUUCAAAGUAUGUUGACUUGAUUGAGGAACAACUUAAUGAAGCCCUCACUACAUACAGGAAGCCUAUUGAUGGUGAUAACUACGUUCGUCGCAGUAAUCAAAGACUACAGCGACCUCAUGUCUACCUGCCCGUACACCUUUAUGGACAACUGGUACACCACAAAACAGGCUGCCAUUUACUGGAAGUACAGAGUAUCAUCACAGAGCUCUGUCACAAUGUCCGCACUCCAGACUUGGAUAAAUGGGAAGAUAUUAAAAAGCUGAAAGCCUCUCUUUGGGCCUUGGGAAAUAUUGGCUCAUCGAAUUGGGGGCUUAAUUUGCUACAGGAAGAAAAUGUGAUCCCAGAUAUACUAAAACUUGCAAAACAGUGUGAGGUCCUUUCCAUCAGAGGGACCUGUGUAUAUGUUCUUGGGCUCAUAGCUAAAACCAAGCAAGGCUGUGAUAUUCUAAAAUGUCACAGCUGGGAUUCUGUAAGGCACAGUCGCAAGCAUCUAUGGCCAGUGGUUCCAGAUGAUGUGGAGCAGCUCUGCAAUGAGCUCUCAUCUGUCCCAAGCACCCUCAGCUUGAACUCUGAGUCGACCAGCUCUAGACAUAACAGUGAGAGUGAGUCUGCACCAUCAAGCAUGUUCAUACUGGAGGACGACCGCUUCGGCAGCAGCUCCACCAGUACAUUUUUCCUUGACAUCAAUGAAGAUGCUGAGCCAGCAUUUUAUGACCGACCUGGACCCAUAAAAGAUAAAAAUUCAUUUCCCUUUUUUGCCUCUAGCAAACUUGUAAAGAAUCGUAUCUUAAGUUCACUUACUUUGCCUACUAAAAAACACCGCAGUAGCAGUGAUCCAAAAGGAGGAAAACUGUCAUCUGAAAAUAAGACAAGCAACCGGCGAAUCAGAACCCUUACAGAGCCCAGUGUUGACUCUAAUCACAGCGAAGACUUCACAACUUCCUCAGCACAGAAAACAUUACAGCUAGAAACUUCCUUUGUUGGGAAUAAGCACCUUGAAGACACGGGCAGCACUCCAAGUAUCGGAGAGAAUGACCUAAAAUUCCCUAAGAGUUGUGGUACAGAGACUCACAGAGAAAACACAAGCCGAGAAAGGUUGGUUGUGGAAGGCUCAGCAAGCUCCCAUAUGAAGAUCCGCAGCCAAAGUUUUAACACGGACACUACAACGAGUGGCAUCAGUUCAAUGAGCUCAAGCCCCUCCCGAGAGACUGUCGCUGUAGACCCUACAACUGUGGACACGGACUGUGGAAGUCUGAGUACUGUGGUAAGUACUAAAACUGUUAAGACGAGCCACUAUUUGACACCACAGUCUAACCAUCUGUCUCUCUCCAAAUCGAACUCAGUGUCCCUGGUGCCACCAGGUUCUUCUCAUACCCUUCCUAGAAGAGCACAGUCCCUUAAAGCGCCCUCCAUUGCAACAAUAAAAAGUCUAGCCGAUUGCAACUUCAGCUACACAAGUUCUAGAGAUGCCUUUGGCUAUGCUACACUGAAAAGAUUACAGCAGCAAAGAAUGCACCCAUCCUUGUCUCACUCUGAAGCUUUGGCGUCGCCCGCAAAAGAUGUGCUCUUUACGGACACCAUCACCAUGAAGGCCAACAGCUUUGAGUCCAGACUGACGCCAAGCAGGUUUAUGAAAGCUUUAAGUUACGCAUCAUUAGAUAAAGAAGAUUUAUUAAGUCCUAUUAAUCAAAAUACCCUUCAGCGAUCCUCCUCGGUUAGGUCUAUGGUGUCCAGUGCUACAUACGGAGGUUCCGAUGACUACAUUGGACUUGCUCUUCCAGUAGACAUCAAUGACAUAUUCCAGAUAAAGGAUAUUCCUUACUUUCAAUCAAAGCAUGUGCCUCCCCCAGAUGACCGAGGCGCGAGAAUGUUUUCCCAUGAUGGAGGAGGUCUUUCAUCUGGAGCUGGCGGUCUCGUGAAGAACUCUUUUCACUUGCUACGGCAGCAGAUGAGUCUCACAGAAAUAAUGAACUCUGUCCAUUCGGACGCUUCUCUGUUCUUAGAGAGCACAGAAGACACAGGACUUCAGGAGCACACAGAUGACAAUUGCCUUUACUGUGUCUGCAUUGACAUCCUGGGCUUCCAGCCCAGUAACCAGCUAAGCUCCAUCUGUAGUCACUCCGAUCUUCAAGAUAUUCCGUACUCUGAUUGGUGCGAGCAAACGAUCCACAAUCCCUUAGAAGUGGUUCCCUCUAAGUUCUCGGGGAUUUCUGGAUGCAGCGAUGGUGCAUCUCAGGAAGAAGGCUCAGCUAGCAGCACCAAGAGCACUGAGCUGUUACUGGGUGUUAAAACCAUUCCAGAUGAUACACCGAUGUGCCGGAUCCUGCUUCGUAAAGAAGUGCUAAGAUUAGUCGUCAACUUAAGUAGUUCAGUUUCCACCAAGUGUCACGAAACUGGGCUUUUGACCAUUAAAGAGAAAUAUCCUCAAACAUUUGAUGACAUAUGCCUUUAUUCUGAAGUUUCUCAUCUGUUGUCACACUGCACAUUUAGACUUCAAUGUCGGCGGUUCAUACAAGAGUUAUUUCAGGAUGUACAGUUUUUACAAAUGCAUGAAGAAGCAGAGGCUGUGUUGGCAAUUCCACCAAUUCAACCUGUAGUUGAUGAGUCUGCUGAAUCCUGACCUCAUAUUUAUGAUGUUUAUAGGUAGAUACUAUAUAUGUAUUCAUACUUGUGGAUUUCCUGAAAGCCUCACAAAAUACUGACUGGCUGACAGUGAGGCAGGAGAACCUUCUGACACUGACCAGCAGUUAUUGGUACAGAACUGCUAGAACUGCUGGCAUCCCUAGACAAGCCAACUUCUCUCCCAUGUUGGGCCCUCCUCGGGGCUCGUGAUUUAUUACCACGGUUUUAAUUCAGUUACCAUCAUAUGCAAGAGCCAAGCACUGAAUACCUACAUAGGUUUUCUAUUUUUUUAUUUUAAAAGCAUAAUGGCAGUGGAACAAAACAGGACAUGAAGAAGCAUCCUUCACACAGUUGUUUCUGAAUGCUUUUUUAUCAAGGGUAAUACAAAAGAUGCCUUGUUUGUUAACUAAUUUGUGGAAAGCAGGAGUCUCUGACUCCGAGGCUGCAUCCUGUGACCCCAUGGGCUGUAACUGCUGGUAUCAGAGGAACACACUCGCCUCUCCACACUUCCUUAAUGUCUGUAACACUACUUCAGAGGUUUAUAACUUCAAAGCAGAAGGAAAGCCUCAACUCUCGGGACUUAGAAGUUAGUUUACGAUGCUAGACUGCAUAAGGAUGCAUAUUUGUUCUCCUCUUCAGGUUUGUUGCAAUAUGUUGUUAAAGGCUAUUUUUACUAAUUAAGGUUUUUCACUACGGUUGUGAUCAAAUAAAUAGUAUAUAUGAAAUACUUUCAUGUCCAGAACACAUGAUACCCAACCUCAUCAACUCCUCUCACCACUUCAGAGGGACUGAACCAGCGUUAGUAGUCUGGACCCAAGCAAAAGAAGCGUUAAGUGAUGCCGCAGUCUCUCAAGGAAAGCCGGGUUUGCCUGCAGUUUACACAUUCCAGGGAAACGAGGAAGAGCCAUAAGUCCUAUCGAAAAGUCAUUCAGACUCGUUAUUAAGAUUAAAAAUUGUGGUGAAAAGCCUUAAUUACUAAAUUUUAAAGCAGCGGUAAUUUAAUUUUUGUUAGUGUUCCUGUUUUGCAUAAAUUGCAGUUAUAGGUGAGUUAAAAGUAUAGUUGUUGCCUUUAUCACGUUUGUGAAGUUGAUGAAGGCAAGAUUUUGUCUGUCUAAUUUGUUUAUGUAUAAAGAGACUUGGAAAUCUUUACAGGAAUUAAACAUAUAUGCAAAUUUGUACAUAAAGUAGCAUGAACAUCAUUACUAGAAUGCUUACACGUGAAAGGGUUAUCUUUUUUGAAAUCAUAACUAUUGAACAAACCAUCCAGCUGGACUGACUAGGACCUUUGUAAUUCCUUUGUGUAACCCAUUUUACAAUUGCACAUCAGCUUUAACACGUCAUAGACAUUGGUCCAUAUUUUCCCAUGUCGUACACCCUUCUCAUAAUGGUCUUGUUUGCAAGACCGCUGUAAAGUACCCUGUGAACUAGAAAACAUAACUCACAGAAAUUUUUCUUUGAACUUGCUGGCACUGAAAGUUGGCACUGAGAUGAAGCAUUUCGUGUCCCUUCCUGACUCCUCUUUGACUGCACUUCAGUGAGUUGUUCUUAUGUGCACUGUAUAGCAACUUCCAUGAUAACAAAGCAGACAAGGGCUCUAAGCUGCUGCUCACAUUACAGCACAGUUCACCUUUUCCCAGAAAAUUCAGUGAGGGUAAAACUUCCUUUUCAACUUCGUCACUGAACCCGUGUUCAUUAAAUGUCAGCAGUGCUUCUAAGAGCAUGCCUGUCACCUUGGUCUUUGGUCUUGGACAAUAAAACUGCCUUUCCAGAGAACCAAAUGUCAGAGAUACUAGACCAAAUAAUGGUUACAGUUCCAAAGGAAGUAAUGUAGUCUUAUUCAUAAACGGGAUUAACAUUUUAGACAUUCAUUUUAAACACUACCUCAGUUAACAGAGUAUAUAAAAUCUGUGGUUUCGUCCCUUGAAAGUUAAUAACUUUUCUUGUUUGUUUUUCUUCACACAAAUCUAUGCCCAUCCUCACGCCCCUGAGUCAGCCAUCCUGAAACUGAGGCUAUGCCCUAGUGUCCCAAGCCAAGGAUUGUGUUUUGACUUUUGACUGUUACUUUGAAUAUGUGUGUGUGUGUGUGUGUGUGUGUGUGUGUGUGUGUGUGUGUGUGUGAUCGUAUCUGCCUAUAGCACUUACUUUGGGAAGAUAUCAGAGCUUUGUGAUUAUCAGUAUAUUGGGGGAAAUUGUCUAUGCUUAAAUUUAUAGUGCUAUUUGGUUUAACCAUGGUUUCACCAACAGGUGUAAUACAUUUCUUUUAAGUACAUGUAUAACAGUAGACUUUUAUGAUGAAAACUACAUGCAGUGCCAAGUGAUUAGCAUAGGUGUUUAAGACUAUUAAAUUAUAGCAGAAAAGGUUAUGAAUGAUGUCAAUGGUAAUAGAAAUCAUUGAGAAAGUUGUCUAUAAAUAUUAGAUAUUACCAAAAUGUCAAUACUGUAGUUUUUCAAGAGUUUAGAAUUAAUCUUAGUCAUAUAAAUUUGUACUAUUGAUAAUUAUUUAAUAAUUUGGAGGAGUUUGAACAGUUAAGCUGGUUGUAAACUGUGAAUUUCUAAUUGUAAAUUGUCAUUUCUAAUUGAAAUUUUUUCAAGAACAGAUUUCAGCUUCACAUACUAAGUACUGACAAAUAAAAAAGUGAGAAAUUUAGUAUUUAUAAGAAAAUAGGCUCUAAAAUAUCUUAUGCUUUUCUGUUUCUGCUUGGAGUAUAAUGGAGGAAGACAGUGUUCCCUGACCUAAGUGUUUCUAAUAAAGAGUAAGUGUAGAGACAUCCCACAAGACAAUGGCAGUGCAAGGCUCUUAGGAAGUGUGUGCAUUCUUGCUGUGGUGAUGUAUCCAAGUCUCCAGGAGCCGCGUCCUCGGUAGCAUUCGGCUCUUCUCCAGAGCUUGAGACAGUUGACGCUGGAUUCCCUCACUGAGGCCAGGUGUGCAGUGGGCUGCCAGUGUGUGUAGACUGUCUAGUGCUGUUUCCAUGCACUCUCAGCCCCCGCAGAAGAUGCCCCCGAUGCCCCAUUCUAAGCACAGACCAUUAAGCAAUAAACAAAAUUCUCAUUCAAAUGAUAAUAAAUUUAGAAUAUAAUUAUAUAUUCUCCUGUGAUAAGAGUUAGGUGCUAAUUUUGUGUGAGAAGAACAUGUGACCUCUUUGGAAAUAUAGUUUGGAAGUAAAGUUUUUCCCCCUCCUUUUACUUCCAUUUUGUCCCAAAUUCACAAUUCAUGAAAGAAAAGUAGAAUUGUUUGGGAGACUUCUAAGAAGAGCUGCUUGCAAUAAGCAUUUCAGAUUUUCCUGAGUGUGGGUUGGGAGCAUCUCCAUUUCCUCCAUACUGACAAAGCCUGUUGUUCCACCUUCACAUCUCUUAGCUAGGAGAGUGUCUCUACAUUGAGUCUCACCUCAGCCUGCCAGUGACCCUGAGGGCAGUGCUGAGGAAGCACAGGAGCCUGUGCUAGUCUUUACAAAGAGCCGUUUUCUUUUCAUUUCAGCUCCCCGGGGGUUCAUUAUAGUACAUUGACAUGAUUCUCAGAAUGUGGGAUUCCGCCCCUUUGAGUAUUUUUAUAGUUAGGUGGAUAGCUCUGCCACAGAUGCAUGGAUUGCACAUUUUGACUCUAUAAUUCUUAGUGUGAAAAUUUAAUUUAUGCCAAAAAGAAAACAUAUCUUACAAUUUCCCCAACUAGGUUGAUCUAGCACAAAAUGCAAAGUCUUGGGGCAGAGUGGGAGUGGUUAGAAUUUUUAAUGUAUGAUUGUGGAAAAAUGUUCCAUUACUACCCUGUCAAAAACCCUAAUGAUGCAUUGUGAAACAAAUGAUGUAAAUUAAAUUAGCUUUGAAAAGUGGUAAGGGAUCAUAAAGAGAAUCUCAGACUUAAUGCUCUCUGACCACAUGACUUUUUUUUUUUUUAAUUUAGUAAUACGCUGCUACAUUUUUGGAGGUUCUGGUGUUUGUAGGUCACUGAACAGACAUUGAAAUCUGAUUUAUAUUGUAUAACUGUAACAUAGAAAGAAAAAGUAUUUAUAUAUUUUCCUUAAGAAUAUUUCAUUGAGUUGUGUAUAAUUUAAAUAAGAUUUGUCCCUAAAUGGUUUUGCUCACUUUGAUUUUUUUUGUUGUUGUUGUUAUUGUGGUUGUAUUGUUUUUGUACAAUGUGUACAGUUUAUGUUAAGGGCAUUAAAGCCUCCUGAAGCAUAAUCUUAUCAAAGGGAUUCAUUGUUAAUAAAAUGUACUUAAAAUUCUUAAA